GUACUUAAGGAUCUCGGCUGGAACGCGGCGGACGCGGCUGGCUGGGUCGUAUGUUGACGAUUUUCCGCGUUCGCUGGUCCUGCCGCCGCUGCCGCCGCCACCAUGGGGAAGCGACAGCACCAGAAAGACAAGAUGUACAUUACCUGUGCUGAAUACACUAACUUCUAUGGUGGCAAGAAACCAGAUAUCCCACAAACAAAUUUUCGUCGUUUACCUUUUGACCACUGCAGUCUCUCUCUGCAGCCCUUCAGCUACCCGGUCUGCACCCCUGAAGGCGUCGUCUUUGACUUGCUGAACAUCCUUCCUUGGCUUAAGAAGUAUGGGACCAACCCCAGCAACGGCGAGAAACUGGACGGGCGGUCCCUGAUUAAACUGAACUUUGCAAAGAACAGUGAAGAGAAGUACCACUGUCCAGUGCUGUACACCGUGUUCACCAACAACACCCACAUCGUGGCCAUCAGGACCACCGGCAAUGUCUAUGCCUACGAGGCAGUGGAGCAGCUCAAUAUCAAGGCCAAGAACUUCCGAGACCUGCUGACGGACGAGCCCUUCUCCCGGCAGGACAUCAUCACCCUCCAGGACCCUACAAAUUUGGACAAAUUCAACGUCUCCAACUUCUUUCAUGUUAAGAAUAACAUGAAAAUAACCGACCCAGAUGAAGAAAAGGCCAAACAGGACCCAUCUUAUUAUUUGAAAAAUACCAAUGCCGAGACCCGAGAAACACUGCAGGAGCUCUACAAAGAGUUCAAGGGGGAUGAGGUCCUGGCGGCCACCAUGAAAGCCCCAGAGAAGAAGAAGGUGGACAAGCUGAAUGCGGCCCACUAUUCCACUGGGAAGGUGAGCGCCUCCUUCACCUCCACCGCCAUGGUUCCAGAGACCACCCACGAAGCAGCCGCCAUUGACGAGGACGUGCUGCGCUACCAGUUUGUGAAGAAGAAGGGCUACGUGCGGCUGCACACCAACAGGGGCGACCUCAACCUGGAGCUGCACUGCGACAUGACACCAAAAACCUGCGAAAACUUCAUCAAGCUCUGCAAGAAGCAGUAUUAUGAUGGUACCAUCUUCCACAGGUCCAUCCGGAAUUUCGUGAUCCAGGGAGGUGACCCCACUGGCACAGGCACGGGUAGGUACUGGUGCUGGGCUUCCCUGGGCAGCUUUGGCUGCCCCAUCGGCCCUGAGGGGGUAGGUGGGUGGGACAUGCUGAGUUCCAGAUGUGGCGUUAGGUGGGCUGUGCACACAGUGAGCAGGCGUGGGGCAGGGUGUGUGUGGCCUGGUUUGUGCCCAGCGGCCUUGGGGACGCGCUCACUCCUCCUGACCUCCGUUCUCCUUCCCAGCUUUAUCACCUUCCGCUCCUGCGCUUACCUCGACAAGAAGCACACCAUCUUCGGGCGGGUUGUUGGGGGCUUUGACACACUAACAGCCAUGGAGAAUGUGGAGAGUGACCCCAAAACUGACCGCCCUAAGGAGGAGAUCCGCAUCGACUCCACCACGGUGUUUGUGGACCCCUACGAGGAGGCUGAUGUUCAGAUCGCCGAGGAGCGGAAGAAGACACAGCUCGCGGAGGCAGCCCCCGAGAGCACAGUGAAGAAAAGCCAGUCCAAGUCAGGGAGCCAGGGCCCCCCAACCUACCGCCAGGGGGUGGGCAAGUACAUCAACCCUGCAGCCACGAAACGUGCGGCUGAUGAGGAACCAUCCACCAGCGCAGCUAUCCCCGUGGCCAAGAAGAAGCCCAGUGGAGGUUUCAAGGACUUCAGCGCGUGGUAGCGGCAGGCCUGCUGCUCGGACCCAGCCUGUGCCCGCCCGGUUUCCCUUCUCCUGACCUUGACACUACCUCAGCUCUCCUGAAGUGCCUGCAGAAGCCGCGGACAGCUGCCUCCUCCCGGGAGCUGUCUCCUCUACCCUGGGCUCUAAAAGAUCCCUGUUCCCCUCACACCUCUUCUCAACGCCAAGAUCCUUGGGUCGGCACAGCCCACCACCUCCUCCUGCUCAGCACGCUGAAUUCUAACUCCGUUUCAUCCUUGGUUUCUCACCCCAAACCUCAGUUCCGUCAGUAAGUCUCGACAGUUCUUCCAGAAUGCACCUGGCUCUUCUCCCAGCUCUGAUGCUCAACACCAGGCCCAAGCCCGGUGUCUCACCUGCCUCCUCCUCUGGCCCUCGUGCACGGCCACACCGACGCUGAGUCACCGUCCCACAGCUGCUGACCAGCUGCUGACCUGACAGUGGCUCUCCACUGUGUCCGUCCCUCUGUGGUCUCCCUGCCCGUCAGCUGUCUAGCUCCUCUGCACCUUUAGUCACAGUGGUCCCUCACUUCUUCACGACCCCUUCACACCACCCUCCAAGCUACAGACGUCUGCAAACUCACUCGGGAAAGGCUGUUUGCACCAGCGUGGUCUCCAAGAGCCUGGCAGACCCAGGAGGCGGCAGGCAGGUGGGUGUGUGACAGCACAGGGCCCGGCUGCCUCUGGAGGAGACCCUGUGCUCCCGUGGGAGCGGCGUGGCCCCAGGGCCUGUCCCUCAGCAGCAGAGCCAAGCACCUGCUACUGCAAAGGAAUCGCUGGACAUGGAAGCUUUAUUUCUGAACCUCACACUGACACAGGCGGGGGAGGCUGUGUGUGCGCGCUUGGCAGUCCAGCUCCGAGGGGGCCUCCGGGCUAGGCCAGGCUGCAGCCCCACAGAGCGGCCCCCAGGUCGGCCCAGAGCCUUUGACAAAUGAGGUUUACAUUCUGUAGGUUAUUUUGGAGCUUACAAUGUAGUUUUCCAGAAAUUAAAAGCACUUGGAUUUUUUAAGUACCUGGUGAGGUCAUCAGGCAAA